AUGGCUCUUGACCUACUUGCAAUCUCACACCUUCUGGUGGCGGUUGCCAAUGUGGUGAUCUCAUUGCAAUUCAUGACAUCGCUGCACCGAUAUCCGCACAGGCGCAACAUCCCAUGGCGGCUCACGUGGUGCUUGAUUCUCUUUGCCUUUUACACUUUCCUCUCCGGUUGCAACCAACUGUUGCUGGGCCUUGGACAAGCCCAAACGUUUCUGUAUGCUGCUAUUCAAUACGGCAAUGCUGUCGUGUCUGCUAUUACAGCCGUUUGUCUGGUUCCUGUCAUACCAGACAUGUUCACUCUGGUCGACCAGACAGUGUCCAAGUUGACACAAGAUUCUACCGAGUCCAAAGCGAAGCUGUUCACAUUUAUGGCGUUUCUCUGCCAUGAAAUCAGGAAUCCUCUAUUUGCCAUUACAUCCUCAGCCGAAUGCUUGCAGGACACUCCCAUGUCGGCAGAGCAAGAAGAAGAGGUUUCUAGCAUCUCAGACUCCAGCCUGCUCAUGCUGCGGUUGGUCAACGAUGUCUUGGAUCUGUCAAAGCUUGAUAGUGGAAAGCUGGAGGUGGAAAGUCGGGCGUUUGAUUUGCACUCCAUGAUCAAAAGACUGGGGGAUAGCAUGUCACGUCAGGUCCAAAGGAAGCAUCAGGGAACUGUGGCAUUGGUAUGCUCCAUGUCUCCUUCGGUCCCCCGAAUGAUCAAGGGAGACUCUGUGCGUAUCCUGCAGAUCAUCUAUAAUCUCCUGUCGAACAGUUGCAAGUUCACAUCCGAAGGAACCAUAUCCCUCAAGGUGCUGGCUCGGGGGAUUGUCGAAUCUGAAGAGGAGGAAGAGCAAGAUACGGAACACACCGUGACCAUGUCCGCCAACCGGCCAGUUUCCAUGUUUGCCAGCAAACGCGGCGGUGUAUGCCACAGAAAAACCCCUAGUCAACAGGGAAGCAAACUGGAUGGCACAGGCUCGGAGGAGAAGCCUCUCUUCUCCAUGGCAUUGCUUGGGGGUAGUGACGGGAGCGAUGAGGCCGAUGCAACACCAUGUGACUGUGAGGACACAGACAAGCGCACUGUAGUCCUGUCAGUCAUCGUCGAAGAUACUGGUUGUGGCAUUUCUCAUGAAAGACUGGAAGAUAUAUUUGAACCCUACACCCAAGCGAAACUUUCAGACUUCCGCAUUCAUGGCGGAACAGGAUUGGGGCUUUCCAUCAUUUCGAGCCUCACGAAGACCAUGGGUGGAAGCAUAUCAGUCACCAGCAAACCAGGAAAGGGUGCAAAGUUCCACCUGAGACUUCCCGUGGGGCUACCAGGGAACACUGAGUGUCACAGUGAUGAAUCCAGCCACGAGGACGAGUCCACGGAGCGGAUGAUGAUGGGCGAAUCCUUCCGCGCUACCGGCGACAAGAAGCACCAAAGAAAGAAAAAACUCGACUACGUUGGAGAGUGUCUGCCAUCCGAUCAGACACAAGUACCCAAGCAAUUCUUGAAGUGUCAGAGGCUUCCGUCGUGUGUUGACUUUUCCGGGCUGCACCAGGAAGUCUCCGACCACACAGAGCAGACCUCUCUACAUGCAUCUGGGCCGCUUCUUGCCCUAGCCACACCGUUACCACUUCCACCCCUCCCUCCAGCCCCAUUGGUUCCACUCAACGAUCACUCUUGGAGGACCGUGGGCAGCAUAAGUGACCAUUGCCCAACGUCACCGCCAAUGCUACAGAUUCCCAAGACAUGCAAGCUGCCUAGCUUUCAGCUUCCUUCCAACGACAACGUCGUCUUGGUGGUCGAUGACAACUCUGUGAAUCGCAAGAUACUGGGAAAGAUGCUGUCAACGUACAAGAUAGAACACCGAGUCGCUACGAAUGGGCAAGAGGCGGUGGAUGCCCUGUUGGACAGUCGGAACUACGAGCCAAAUCGCAACGAUGUAUCGCGCCCAAGGUACUCUCUGGUCUUCAUGGACAUUAGCAUGCCCAUCAUGGACGGCAACACUGCAAUCUCGACCAUUAGGCAAAAAAACAUGGAUCUACCCAUUGUAGCCCUUUCAGCCAACGUGCUUUCGGAUGAACGCAAUCGCACAAUCGGUUUGGGAGCAGACGAAUAUCACUCCAAACCUAUUCUGCGAACUACCCUGCAUGACAUUUGCUCGAGGCACCUUGUACCACGGCCAAAUUUGCAAGUGGCUCCACAGCAUUCAAAAGACUGUGGCGCUCGUCCUACCCUCGCGGCAUCUCCACCAACACCAACAAAUACCCAGCCAUUGCAGUGCCGGCACGACUGCAGCUACGACUCGAACACAUCCAAGGUUGUGGCGCCCUCGAACCGCACCGUCUUGAAGGAGGCAUCCAUUGCUUCCAUGUCAACCGGAGGAGACCCGAAGCGUCCAAAGCUACCGGACCAUUCCCCCCUGACCCAGUAUCCCAACUAUGGCACAAUCAUCAAAACUUAG